AUGUAUGCUUCUACUUCCUUUACUUCACCACUCCUCCAUGACCUUCUUGUGGAAUCUCACACAAGAAGGUUACUCUUCCAAAAGGCUGUUGAUCAUCAAUCACAAACCAAGUCUCCUGUUUUAACAAACAACAAUAAUUCAACAGACUCACAUUUCGGAGCUCGUGAAUUUGAUGCAAAUGUCUUGAUGAUACUUGCGGUCCUAUUAUGUGCUCUUAUUUGUUCACUUGCAUUAUACUCCAUCAUAAGGUGUGCCUUAAGAUUUUCGAACGAAGCCAUCAACAACAACCAAGCUUCACCUCAAUUGGCUAAUAAAGGAAUCAAGAAGAAAGCUCUCAGAACAUUCCCAACAGUGAGUUAUUCAACAGAGUUGAAAUUACCAGGUUUAGAUACGGAGUGUGUGAUAUGCAUCUCAGAGUUUACAAAGGGUGAAAAGGUGCGGAUUUUGCCAAAAUGCAAUCAUGGUUUUCAUGUUCGUUGCGUUGACAAAUGGCUAAAGGAACACUCAUCAUGUCCCAAGUGUAGACAAUGUCUUCUUCAAACUUGUCCAAAGAUUGGUGGAUCGCAAGUGCAACCAAUUAUGUUGCCAGUACCAGAAAUUAUUAUACAGAUACAACCACUAAACCAUGAAGCUGUUGAGCGUAACUAUAGGGAAGAAAGCAGAUAA